ACCUUCUCUCGUCAUAGCAUCUAAAGACUGUAACGAUAAAUUUAUCAUGUACAAUAUCAAUGACCAAGUUGAAAGAUUUCUUGUGAAAGUCUUACACAUUAUUGCGUAAGCAAAACAUACGAAUAAAUCUUAAUCGCUGGUUUUUUAUUACAAUGCUAGAUAAAGUUUAACAGUUCCUUUUACUAUAAGUGUAUAUAUUUAUAUGAAAAGAAUGUCCGUUUGUUUCUGUAUAUAUUUGUUCGCAAUGUGGCAACUAUAGAAAAGUAAAGUUGACGAAUCUCAUUAAACAGAAAUAGAGUCAUAAUUAAAAUAUUUCUAAAUCCUAUAAUAUGUGUAAAUAAACUUAAGAAACUUUGUUGUUUAUGACUAUACGUUUUAGAUAAUGUCUAAUAAACGUGUAUUAAAUAAGACGUUUACAUUAUACUCAAAUGGAUACACUGAACAAUACGCCAGUCUAUCAGAUUCAUUGUCUUCAUCUCAACCGAGUGCUCUGUUAAAUAUUACAAAUUUAACGUCACCAUCACCUUCAUUGAAUCAUGUUGAUCCACGUUACAAAACAUUCACAAAAUAUAAAUUAAAAAACCAUAAUAAUAAUUCAACACCAAAUGAACACAUGAUGAAAACAAAAACGAAAAAACUUCAUCGUGUUCCUGCUAUAUCAGAUGAAAUAAUUGUGAAUAAAUCGUUGUCAACAUUUGCCGAGAAAUAUGCAUGUGAUGGAAAAUAUUUUGAUUCAAUAAUAGAUGACAAUAAUGAUGGAAUUGAUAUUCUAAGAUGUACUCAUCAAUCCGAUUCAUUUCUGGAUCAAUCCAUCACUGAUUUAUUAACAUUUACAAAUCCAAAUCGCGUAUUAAGUGAAUCCAUGCAAGUCGUUACGAGUCGUCAUUCAUCAUUUAAUGAUUUAAAACAUUUGAGCGAUAAUAGCUGUAAUUUAUUAGCACCAGUCGAUGAUUACAUUUAUCGUUUAGAAAACUCUGUCAAAAUAACAGCAGCUCACCAUCAUUAUCAUAUUUCAUCAAUUUCAAAGAACGAUGAGAAUAAUAAGAGUUUUAAAGAAAUGCAAAUAGGUUUAUUACCAACAGCCGAUGAAAAUAGCGACGAACUUAAUCAACAAACAUUUAAAUCAAUCGUUGACGAUCAACAGUUGAGAUUAAAAGAAAGUGAACAACAUAUUUAUCAAGAAAUAAGUAUUGUUCAUGUAGAUCCAAAGUGUAUGCUAGAUGAUGAUCAAAAACUACAAGUAACAAAAUCAAAAAAACAAUUGUCUCGUAUUCCUGUAUUAAGUCCAAAUACAACAAGAUCAACUAUGACCGUACGAACAUGUGUUUUGAAUAAAAAUGAUCAAUCAAAAAAACAUGAUAAUAAACAAUCGACGUCAAUAACUGAUCUGCUCGAAGAAUGGACAAAACUUCUACCUAAAUUAAAAACACUAUUGACUAACACUCGAAAAAUUCCAUUACGUGUUCAUGUUAAUUCAGAUGAAUUUCAUUGUUGUAAACAAUUACUUCGUGACAUAGAAUUACUUUCGUCGAGUUGGACAUAUAUAGUUGAUCAAGUUAAAAGCCACAUUAAUCGACUAAAUCCAUAUCAAGAGAUUGAUCUGAGAGCAGCGCAAUUAAAUUGGGAUUACAUACUCGACCAACAAUACGAAAAUACAAUUGCCGAAAAUAUUUUUGCUAGAAAAGCCGAUGCCAACAUAUUACAAGUAAAACAAAUAAAACUGAAAAUUCAAGAUUUAUACAAUCAAGCAAUGAAAUUACCAAGUCAAACACACCCAGACUCUCCAGUUGGAUGUGAAACAGACGCAAGAGUGAUACGUAUAGUUGGAGAAAAACCCGAAUUAAGUGUAUCACAACGAACCGUCGAUCAAAUUGGCACAGAUUUUAAUAUGUUGCUAUUAGAAAAUAUGGGUCAAGUAUCGUUUCGUGGCUCUUACGCGCUAUUUAACGAUUUUGCUCGUUUUGAACGUGCACUUAUGUAUUAUACAUUUCAAAAACUAACAGAUUAUGUGUGUUUCGAAUUUUAUGAAUACUUGUCUUCAUACAAUGCCCAGGAAUCAUGUGGUUUUCCUACUCGUGACAAACGCACUCAAGUUUAUCAGUUGGAUUAUGGUGAAGAAUUUGGUCGUUACUGUUUAGCUGGUACAUCUGAAAUGGCUUUAGCCGGACUACUAAAACAUAAUACAUUUCGCAAAGACGAACUGCCAUUAAAAUUGGCAGCGUGUAGUCGAUGUUAUCGUGCUGAAGUGGCUGGAGGUAAAUCCGAAGGUAAUUUAUAUCGUGUGCACGAAUUUACAAAAGUCGAAAUGUAUUGUGUGACAAGUGAUGAACCGGGCGCUAGUGAUAAAAUGUUAGAAGACAUUGUCAAUAUACAAACGGAUUUAUACAGUGAAUUAGGUCUCCAUUUUAGAAUUCUUGAUAUGCCGACAGAAGAAUUGGGUCUGUCAGCUUAUAGAAAAAAUGACAUUGAGGCAUGGAUGCCAGCUAAACAAUUUUACGGAGAAGUUAGUAGUGCGUCGAAUUGUAGUGAUUUUCAAAGUAGAAGAUUACAUAUCAAAUAUAUUGAUGAUAAUACUGAAGAACGUUUUGCGCAUACGUUGAAUGGUACCGCGAUGGCUUUACCACGAGUCAUAACAGCGUUAAUUGAGGCAAAUUGGAGACCGGUAAUCCUAUCAUUUUCUAAUAAUUCCUAUUCUAAUCGUCAUAAAUUACCAUAUCGGUGUAAAGUUAGUAAGAAGUUUUGGGUUGAUAUUAAUUUGUCUCUUGAACGUUUAUAUUUAACACCACCACCAUCUUGGUCCGAUCUUCUACGUCACGUUCAACAACGAGCGAACAAUUCCAACAACACGAAAACUAAUUUAAAUCAACAAUUACACAAAUGUUAUGAAAAGCUAUUAUCCCAUUUAUAUUUGACAGAGACUAACUCUUCAUCUCUCAUAAAUACAACAUCUAUCAUAUCAAAUGAAUAUCUUUAUAAUCAAUUAGAAUUAGCCGCUCAGUAUUGUAAUUUAAAAUUGUUCAAAGAUAGUUCUAAUCUUUAUUUUCAUUGUGAUCAAUUUUUUAUUGAAAUUAAUUUUAAUGAAGAAGAAAAAUUGCAAACUGUUAACAUUUGUAUUACAGAUUCGUCAACAACAGCCACAUCAACAACAACGACAAAUGGUAUAGGAGGUGAGAAACUUUCUUGUCCUCAUAUGUGUCAAGCUUUAAAAUCUCAAAAUUAUUCGUUAUUUCGUCAACAUUUAAAUGGUUAUAUGUCUAUGUAUUGUCUGACAGAAAAUGAUUCGAAACGUCUUGGCUACAAAGCAUUAAAAGUUUUAGAAUAUGACUUAGUUUUGCUUCAUAAACAAAAUAUUUACAAACAAUUGCAAAGAUUUCAAUUAUCUUGUGAAGGAUUACCAAUGAGAAUACGUUUAAAUGAGAAAGAAACAGAUGAAGAAACAAAAAUUGAUAAUUUGAUGGACAAUGUUCAUGAUUCAUGCCCAUUGUAUAUUCUCAUCAAUUUAUGUCCAUCACCCACAUCCAAACGAUAUUUAUUAGCUCAUAAAUCUAUUAUAAAAUUUCAUAUUAAUCGAUUAUCUUCUACCAAUAAUUUAAUGGAUGUAUCUGUCAAUUCUAAUAUUACAUUCGUUCCACAAACAUUAGAGAAUAGUUUAUUGCUACCUGGCUAUUUUGUUUUAGAAUUUCGACGACCAUUUUUAAUUUUAUCAUCUAUCGUGGAUGAUAUUAAAAUUCUAACAAAUAUUGACAACUAUUCAUCGUUAAUAACGUUACAAUAUUUACAAACAAUGAUGAAGACGAAUUUAAACGAAGAUAUCAAUUAUUAUCUAUCAGAAGAUAUGACUGCAAUUCAAGUGAAACAAAUUCCCUUUACUAAUUUAUCACAACUACUCCAAAUUAUGAAAUUAAUUCAAAAACAAUACCAGUUUAAUCUACUAUUACACGAAUGUUUUACACGACAGCAGAACAGUGAAAAUUCAAUGCAAUCUGAUGAAGGAGAUGAAGAAAGUGACAAAAUAACGUGUGAAUUAUGUUUACUAACACUCGACAGUUUAUCGGUAUCAUGUUGUCGAUCAAAUUGUUUAUAUACAUUUAUUUUGAAUUUAUCGAAUCCUUACAAUCCAAAGAUUAUUUCCACACAUCAGAAAGAAGAUCAACUUGAAUUUCUAAGACAUCAGUCUAUUUUAGAACUUAUCCAUUUCGUAUUAAGAAGACAGAAACAAUUACAACGUUCUCAGCAGUCACACAAUUUACAACUGUCAUCUACUGUUGUUAAUACAGCACAUAAUAUGUCGCUACAAUCCCUGCAGUCACAAUCGUCAGAUCAAUAUUCAAAAUUGAUUUCAUCUCCAUCGAAUAAUACAGCAGCAAUAGCCGAGCCAAAUAAACCUGACCAACCUUCGUCAAAUCUCUGCGUCACUCGUCGUCUGUCAUCUGGGACAUCUCGUCCCCAAUGGCGUACAAUUAAUUCUCUUAAACGUUCUCAACCAUGUAUGACAAUUUCAAAUGAUCGAGAAAUUCCGUCCGUACAAGAUCUAAAUGGAUCUCCUCAACCGCUGGACGAUCAAGACCAAGAUUUAGAAGGAUCAUCAUCACUUCUUAUUCGACGUUCCCUACCGUUGUCAACAACUGAAUCACCGUAUUCAUCUCCUUUAGCCACACAGUUUGAUCAUCCAAAUGAAAGCUCCAUCUCACCUCGCAUGACAGCUAAAAAUGCCGAUUAUGGACUCAAAAUGGUUAUAACAACAAAAAAGCCCACAUCAUACGAACAGCAACAAUCUCAAGAUUAUCAACAAGACUAUCGUAGAAGCUCGAAUGAUUCUAAACCGUAUCCAUCUUCAUUUAUCUCUCUUCAACAACAGCAACAACCUUUAUUCGACACUCUACAAUCUGCUGGUUUUUCAUCAAAUAUACCUCCGAAUCUGAUACUACCACAAACUCCCAAAACUCCAAUAAGCAGCGGGAUUGUGCCAACUCCAUCGAGUACACAAUCUACCGCUACCCCGUCCUUCUUUGGACUAUCUCCUUCUACGCCUCCAGCUUCAUUCUUUGGCAGUGGUAGUAAUAAACAAACUCAACAGAAUUCAUCUCAAGAUGGAAAUGGAAAUAAUUUUAGUCCAGUUCAAUCACCAACUUCGUCAGAUAUCAUUUCAACAGCGGUGUCAUCAACAUCUGUUCAAAAGAUAAAAAAGCGUCCAAGAUCACAAUCGAAAGAUAAUUUGUCUAACGAUGCAGAUAAUCAACAACAACCACUGAGAGCGACAAAAUUAGCGGAGGCACAACAACAGCAAGGUACAAUCAAGCGAAUUCGAAAGGAUAAUUUAAACGGUAGUAACACGAUAAAACAACGUAAAAGUACAUUCAAAGUGCAAAGUCAAAAUUUACCGUUACCACCAUCGUCAACUUCCUUUCAUCAAUCUCAGAGUAGUUCCUCUUUGUCCCAAUCAAAUGUGGUAACACCAACAUCUUCUUCAUCCUCGCCUGAUCAAACAAAUUCAAGUUCAGGCAGUGGAGAUUUUAAACCACUAAAAGUUGUUAUUAAACGAGUUGGGGGUGGCUCAGGUGGAGAAAAUUCAACAACAAUUUCUGAGGGAGAGCAAUCACAACAGACGAUGACAAGUGUUCAGUCGACCGUUAAAAAACAACGCAAACGAUUACCAGGUCAGUCACAACCGAUGACAGCCACCAAAAAGAAUAGUGCAUCAAAUGUCAUUAUCAAAACAGAGGUUAUGUCAACACCUGAUUUACUGGGAAACGAGACAUCGAUUAGAGAUCGUGCACUUGUUCAAUCUCGGCCGUCUAUAAAUAACCCAUCUGUAAACUCCGCUGUUUCAAACUCAUCUUUGGCAGUAAAUCGUUCAACUCUACCUCAACCUACCGUACCUUCAAUUCAAAGCGAAGUCAAACCUCCAAUAGUUCUUAAAAUAAAACGUCACAAUCCAGCUGCGCCACAACUCGAUAUUCCAUUGACAAAUUCACCGAGUAGUCUGAGUAAUACCCAACAAGUUUCGCAAUCUGUUUCUUCCAAAGAAACAAUCAGACAAGAAUUUAAACAAAAUCGAGCGAGUUCUGUACCAAACACAAGUGCACAACAACAACAAACGACAAAAACUGUUCUUCCUCCAUCUAUCCACCAUUCACCAUCCUCGUUGUCAAUAGCAACAACUUAUCGAAUUCCAAAAGUAUCCAGUUUGAAAAGUAACACGUCAGCAGCAAAUGUUGAACAAUCACAAGCCACAGCGCCAAAAAUUAAAACAGAACCCACAGAUCAACCCGCUCGAUUUUUGCCAACGAAAAAACCAAAUACUAUUGUAUCUCCUGUUAUGAGUGAAAUAAGAGCGUCAACAGCAUCAUUAAUGAAAAUUCGUCCUUCUCAACCGCCAACAAAAAUCAUCGACUCGCUAAUAGGAGGAAGUUGGCAGUCUCCUCCGGCAGCUCAAAUACUAUCAAAUAAUCCACGUCAAGUAGGACCAUUUGGUUUAAAUAAACAACAGCCACAACAAAGACCAUCUUGGCAUCAGCAACGAAGUAAAACAGUAACAUCACCAUCCACUUCUAACCAUACACUAUUGCCUCCUCCUCCUCCAUACAACAACAACAAUGCUUCACCACAAAUGCCUCCACGAUCAAUUCUAAAAAAAGCAUCAAGUGAACAGAACAUUUCAGACUCUCAAGAUGAUUAUUAUUCUUCGUUAGGAUCUCGAGCACUGUUACAGCCACCACUUCAAGUCACUCUUAAUCAACAGCAACAACUACCAAGAGUAAAUCCUUUACAAACCCAACCUCUUCCUGCUCCAGCACAACAACAAUCACCGAUAGACGAUGACUAUUUUGAUGAUGAUUCACCUAAUUCACAACUGGUUAUUGAUACAAGUGGUCAAAGUUCAUCGUCUAUAAAUAGUGGUGGAAAUUCAAUAAUUUUGAAUGCUCGUACGGAAAUAUUGCCUUAUUCCCUCAUCAAUAAUAAUACGAGUAAUAAAAAUACCGAUGAGGAUGAACUUAUGAAAGAAGCAAUUAUUGGUUAA